AUGGAUCAAGAAGCGUGUAUCGGCGCAUUCGAAGAGGACGUAACCGACGAAGACGUGGAUCCGACGGCGCCGGCGAUGUCGGCCGCCAGCUACCUCCGACAGAUGCGCGCCGAACGGAAAACGGUGGCGGAAGUGGUUGCGAUCCGUCCGCCGCCGCCGCCACGUGACGACGAUUGCACGUCUCCGGAGGCAAAGAAGAAGAAGCAGUGGCUGGAGAGUGUCGGAUUUCGAACGGAGCACAAGCCGAGCAGAGAAGUGCGCUUUUAGACCGCAAAAACCGGCUUUUUCUGAAUGAAAAUGUGCGGCACGGGGUUCCGAAGACUAUCAAAUUUCCCGCCGUUUUCGCAAUUGGCUGCGUAGCGACUCAGUCGCCUUUUUUCAAUUAAAAUGUAAAACUUGGCAUGGCGCCAACCGCGUCGCAGCGCACGCGGCGCUUGUGAUUUCUGUGGAGCGCGUCUGCUAGCGUAGUCUUUGGAGCGCCGUGUGCGAAAUUGGCGAAAAAACAUCAAAUUCUCUCAAAUUUUGCAGAAGAACUUUAACUAUACAGAAGUGAAUUGAACUUUGCAGACGCCCUCCUCGCUGAUCCCUGCGGAAGAGUGGCAACGGGCGAAAUGCCGUGAGUUUGGCGAGUUCCGCGCCAAAAUCGCCGCCAGACUGGAGACGGAGCGACCGUUGAAGAUCAAGGCGCUGAGCAGUCCGGACGAGGAGCAGUGGCACGAGAUUUUGCUCGAAAAGUGCCUGCCCGAAUUCGAGAACGUCGUCGAACAAUAUGCGAAUCACACGGGAACGCCGCCCGCCAUACCCAUGGUUUUUGCGAUUCCCAAGAAACAUGUUAGUGCCAAAUUUUGAAGCUUCAGCGCUCACUGCACGUAAUCUACUAGUCUUUUAUGAAAUUUUCACGAAAAAUUGCUUGUAAACCGUCCAACAUUGACAAAUAAUUCUGUAAGCUGCUCAGCUGAAAAUUUGAAUGUUUGCAGCUGAGCCAACUAAUCGAGCACCUCGUCGAGUGGGCCGACGAAGAAGGCCUUACCCGGCCGAUCCGCGAGUGGAUCUACGCCCUCCUUCUGGUAAUCGAUCUGCCACUCGUGCAGGACGUCGUCUCCGCACUCAGAAAUCUGGCAAAAGAGUGCAAGUGAGUGGAGCAUUCAUUUUCGGAAAACAAUAGACUUUAUUGCAGAAAUCACCGCUCCCAACUGUCCGAGGAUCGUCGUUCCGAAGCCUUCGAAUUCUCGCUCUUCAUCGCCAUCAUCGGCAUUUUUUUCGGUCAAAAAGACGUGUCAGACCUUGGUUGA